AUGGAGAAAAACAUUGUCACUGUUGUUGGUGCCACAGGCAUUCAAGGUGGUUCUGUUAUUGAUGUUCUUCUUAAAGAUGAUACAUUUCAUAUUCGCGCUAUCACACGAAACAGCCAAAGUCAGUCGGCUAAAGAUCUGGCUGCUAAAGGCGUUGAACUCAUCCAAUCAACCACUAAUGAUGUUUCAUCCUUAACGGCAGCUUUCCAAGGGUCAUCGAUCAUAUUUGGUGUGACGGAUUUCUUUGGAUUAUUUGCAAAAGAAGAGCCUUUGAAAGCAAUGGAGAUUGAUUCUUCUCAAGCUAUCAAUUUGGCAAAAGCCGCAGCAGCAACGCCAACACUUGAGCACUAUAUAUGGUCAACUCUACCUAAUGCUAAAACUCAGAGCUCAGGAAAACCCUUGGUCCCUCACUUCGAGAGCAAGAAUGUCGCCGACCGAUAUAUUCAAUCACAGCCAGAACUGUUCGCAAAGACUACAUUUGUCAUCAUAGGGUAUUACGCCGCAAACUUCUACUGGCAAACACAUAUUCCAAUCUUUGUUCCAUCAGCUGGUAAAUACGUUCAACUUAAUGCAUACCCAGCCGACACGCCUCUUCGGCCUAUCGGUGAUGCUAAGAAUAAUGUCGGAAUAUUUAUCAAGGCCAUAAUCGAUCAACCCAACAAAACAUUACCCGGGAAACAUGUGUUAGCCCACACAGAAAACACAACAUGCGGGGAAAUGCUACAAUUAUGGGGAGAAGCUCAAGGAAAGGCAGCCGAGUACAUCCAACUUCAGCCAGAGGAAUUUAAUAAAGUAUAG